AUUAAACAUCUUUAAGUUUUGCGCAAUCCUCUUUGGUGACUUCUUUGAAUUCUUUGAUGACUUUUUUGAGGACUCCUUUGAUGACUCCUUCAGCGAACUUUUUCAACAAUAUAAUUUUAUGAGCCAGUGGUAACAUACACGCGGUUAUUCACAAAAAUCCAAAAUGGCGAAAGGAAAGAAGUUUGGAAGAAAAGAUAAAAAAAUUGUUGUUUUCGACGAGGAAUCUAGAAGGGAAUAUUUGCUUGGUUUUCGUAAGCGCAAAAAUGAAAGGAGAAAAAAAGCCCAGGAAGAACUGCAAACCAAAUCAAGAGAGAAAAUGAUAGAAGUUAGAGCAGAGAAUAAAAGAAAGAUGCUUGACGAAAUGAGAAAACAAACAGAGCAGCUAGAGGCUCUACAGUCAGAUGCUGGAGAUGAUGAAGAUGGUGCCAGCAGUCUAGCUGUUGAUACAACAUACGAUCACCCUGAACAUGUCGUCACAGUUACCAGUAUAACUGAUGUUGACUUAGAUGGAGGCUUGACAACAAUAGGACCAAAUAAGGGUCUAGAAUCCAUUCAAGCUAAAGUGCCAAGUAUCAAGCCUAAAACAAGUGAGGAUCAGAAAAAGACAGACUCAAACCAAUACAGAAAUAACAAGAGCAAGUUCAAGCCCAGAGGGAAAGUCAACAAAAAUAAAUCGAAGUUUACCAAGAAACCGAAUUCUAGUCAGAAUAAUGAUAGCAGAAAUCCAAAGAAAAGAAAAAAAUUGAAGUAAUAAAAUGCUUCAUGUUUGA